GAGGCCAAAAUUUCAAUCAGCUGCCGGCUUCAAGCUUGUUUCAAACCAAGCCGCCAUUUCCGUCACGUUCCAACUCCUUCCCCUUCCCUUCUGCAACCCUAACCACCCUCUCCUCCUACAUAUACAGACGCAGACCCACCCGCACACAAUAUCAACUUCCUUUGAUCAUUACUGCAGACCUCUUUUCUCCUACUCAGACCUUUAAUCAAACGAGAGAGAGAGAGAGAGAGAGAGAGAGAUAUUAUUGUCAUGGCUGGUGGUUCAGAUGUGGCAGAAUCUACCUUAUCCUGUGCUCGGUGCGGCAAACCUGCACAUCUUCAGUGCCCUAAGUGCAUGGAAUUGAAGCUUCCUCGUGAAGGUGCUGCUUUCUGCACACAAGAUUGUUUCAAGGUAUCUUGGAGUUCUCAUAAAUCAGUUCACUUGCAACCAAAGUUGUCAUCACUUAGGUCAGAUAAUCUGGAUGAUCAAAACUCAGCUUUGCUUACUGGAGAUUGGCUAUAUUGCUUGAAGAAAGGACAGGCUCGAACUUCAAAACUCCCCCAUUUUGAUUGGACAGGGACACUAAGGCCGUACCCCAUAUCAAGUAAGCGUAUUGUUCCUGCCAAUAUUGAUCAACCUGACUGGGCAACUGAUGGAGUUCCAAAAGUUGAGCCCAAUAGUGAUCUUCAACAUGUUGUUGAGAUUAAAACUCCAGAGCAAAUUGCAAGAAUGAGGGAAACCUGCCGAAUUGCAAGGGAAGUUCUGGAUGCUGCUGCUCAAAUGAUUAGACCUGGUGUGACAACUGAUGAAAUUGAUAAAGUGGUUCAUGAGGCAACCAUUGCUGCUGGAGGUUAUCCAUCUCCUCUCAAUUAUCAUUUCUUCCCUAAGUCUUGCUGCACGUCAGUUAAUGAAGUAAUCUGCCAUGGAAUUCCAGAUGCUAGGAAACUAGAAGAUGGUGAUAUUGUAAAUAUUGAUGUGACUGUGUACUACAAAGGUGUCCAUGGUGACCUUAACGAAACGUACUUUGUGGGAAAUGUUGAUGAAGCAUCUAGACACCUUGUCCGAUGCACUUACGAGUGCUUGGAGAAAGCAAUAUCCAUUGUAAAACCUGGAGGACGGUUUCGUGAAAUUGGGGAAGUUAUUAAUCGACAUGCAUUAAUGUCUGGGUUCUCUGUGGUGCGAUCAUAUUGUGGUCAUGGUAUUGGAGAGCUCUUUCAUUGUGCACCAAAUAUCCCCCAUUAUGCAAGAAAUAAAGCAGUUGGUGUAAUGAAGGCUGGGCAGACCUUUACAAUUGAGCCAAUGAUUAAUGCAGGGGUUUGGCGUGAUCGGAUGUGGCCUGAUGGAUGGACUGUUGUUACUGCAGAUGGCAAACGCAGUGCCCAGUUUGAACAUACCCUUCUGGUGACUGAAACUGGGGUUGAGGUUCUUACAGCACGAUUUCCUUCAUCCCCAAGUGUGUUUCCCUGGCUAGAUGCAUGAGCAGCCUGCCUAUUUUAGUGCUGAUGGAUGAGAGCACUUAUCCAUUCAAACACUAUACUCCGAGUAACAUAGAUCACAAAUUAUUGCAUUUGGAUUCAUUUGCAUUACACCUUUCAUUAGAUGAUAAAAAAUUCAUGUUCUAAAUUUUGUAUGACAUUAAUUAUUGAAUCAAGUUUGAAGUGUUUGGAUUUGUAGAAUGGAUUAUUCUACUAGCUAGGCUGCAAUGCAUUUGUUAAGAAUUAUUGUAGUACAAUACUGUUUUGAAAGUUCAUGAGGUGUAACAUUUUAUUUUUAAAAUUUGAGAACCACACUUUUUAA